UUCUCUUUUUUAUAUAUUAUUCUUUUUUCUUCUAUAUUGGAAUUUUUUUUUUCAUAGGAGUUCUCAAGCAGUUCACUCACUUUGCUUCAUCUUCCAUUGAACUUAUUGACCCAAAAAGAUAUGAAUAAUCAGAUAACAAAUGUACAUAUAUGGGACAUGGAUGAAACCCUUAUAUUGCUAAAGUCUUUGUUGAAUGGGACAUAUGCUGAGGUCUUCAACGGUUUGAAAGAUGCUCAGAAAAGUGUUGAAAUUGGAGAGAUGUGGGAGAAAUAUAUUCUUCAGAUUUCUGAUGAUUUUUUCUUCUAUGAGCAAAUUGAAAACUGCAAUAAGCCUUUCCUCGAGGCCUUGAGCAAAUAUGAUGACGGGAGGGAUCUGUCUGAUUAUGAUUUUAAUCAAGAUGGUUUUAGUCCUCCACAUGAUGAUAUCAACAAAAGGAAACUAGCAUACAGACACCGAGUCAUAGCCAAUAAGUAUAAACAGGGUUUACACAAUAUUUUUGAGCAAGAGAUGAUGGGUCUCUUGGAUGCAUUGUACAAAAUGACUGAUGAGUAUACAGAUAGGUGGCUUUCCUCAGCACGGGCAUUGUUGGAGCAGUGUUUAGUUGGGAAUGAAGAUCCUACCGUUGGUAAUACCCCUGCUGGUGGGAUUGUCAACUCUAAUGAUGCGGGAUUCCAGCACAUAAAUGUUUUGGUUACUUCUGGUUCAUUGAUUCCUAGCCUUGUUAAAUGUUUACUCUUUCGACUUGACGGUUUGAUAUCUUAUGAAAACGUUUACAGCUCAUGGGAUGUGGGGAAACUACAGUGUUUCCAGUGGAUCCAGGAACGUUUUAACAAUCGAAAUGUCCGUUUUUGUGCAAUUGGAGAUGGAUGGGAAGAGUGUGAGGCUGCGCAAGCCAUGAAGUGGCCUUUUAUCAAGAUAGACCUGCGUCCCAGUAGUUCUCACAGGUUUCCGGGCCUCACACUCAAAACAGUGGGUUUCUAUUUCUCUAUUGUUUAUGGAAGUCCUGAUUCAGAAAAUGAUGAAGAGUAAACCAGACUUUUCAGUUCACUUGAUAUCUAUCUUUUGGCCAAGGAAAUCGAUAUCCAUUUGUGUGUAAACUCAGAGUUUAACCAUGUCGAAGCCGAAUGUAUCAACAAUCGUAUUGUUUGCACUAGACCAGUCAUUCAGCAACUUCUCAUGCCAUGUAUUGAUUAUAUAAAGUAUCAUUAAUCUGGCAAAUUUGUUCUGGAUGAUACCAUCAUACAUUAUG